AUGAACACCAGCCGGCACGCGGUCGCCGCCGUCGCCGCCCUGGCGGUCGUCUGCUGUUCGAUGCUCGCUGUCCGCGGCUACGAGUCCGGCGCGCCCGUGCUCACGUGUCGCACCAUGAUCCCGGGUCACGGCAAGGCGGCCCAGGUGUCCGCCGCCCCUUACAGGAUCGUACCGUCGGAGAACGUCACGUCGUCGAGGGUCCGCGUCACCCUGACAGCGCCGAGGCCCAACGACUACUUCAUCGGGUUCCUGAUCGAGGCCCGAGCGCUCGGAACCGGCGAGGAUGCCGUCGGGUCGUUCAUCCAGGUGCCGCAGGACUCGCAGACGCUCGACUGCAACGAAGUGACCAGUUCGGGCGUGACGCAUAGUAGCAACACGAAAAAGAAAUCUGUAGAAUUUGAUUGGCAAGCACCUCAAAACUUCAACGGACCAGUGAAUUUCGUGGCAACGGUGUUACUUGAUUACGCGACAUUUUGGGUAGGCAUUACUUCGACUCCAGUUCAGGUUAGCAGCGGAAAAGGUGAGCCUCCGAUGGCCGGACCUACUGAAAUCAGCAGAUCAGAAAAUGGUCUCAAAGAAAUCGAGGCGAGCAUUUACGAUGGUUGUGGAAAAACUAAAAACUGCGUCGGAGCCCCUCUUGGUUGCAUCCAAACUAUGAACUGCCGAGCGGUUGUCGCCUUGAUGCCCUGGAAUGACAAAUAUCAUUUUGAAAUGAUGGCCCGUGACAGCCAAUACGUGGCUUUUGGACUUUCAGACGACAACAAAAUGGGAGGCGACGGCGUCGUUGAAUGUGUUCACGAAGAGAGUGGUCGGAGCAAUAGCGUGAGUGCUUACAAAUCGUGGAACGUGCCCAAUCGGAAGCAAAACCGACGCGUCGAGGACUUGUCGGGAGUGAAUUUGGAAAGCGCCUCGAUCAUCGACGGUGCCAUAUACUGUAAGGUCGUCGUGGAUCCCGUUUUAAAAGUCGAAGACAGCACAUAUGACCUGGACAACAGCGAUUAUUUCGUCCUCCUGGCCGCCGGUGCCUCGUUGAAAACCUUCAGCGUUGGUUACCACGACGUAGCGUUCAUAAGCAGCCCCGACAAGAGGAAACUCGGUCAGCUGAGAGCGGCUCGUGUAAUGGACCCGUUUUACGACAACUGUGGUCAGACGAAAACGUGCUUCGGGUCGCCCGAUGGUUGCUUGUCGACCCAGGACUGCGCUGCAGUGACGGCCGUCAAAGUCGAAGGGACACGGUACAUGUUUGAAAUGAAAGCUAGGAACGCUGCCUAUGUGGCCGUCGGUAUCUCGGACGAUCAGAAGAUGGGAGGAGACAGCGUUAUGGAAUGCGUUCACGAAAACGUUGGCACGAACCUGGUCAAAGCUUACAUGUCAUGGAACGUUCCUAAUCAAAAGAGCAACAAACGGUUAACGAGCCAAAAUGGACUUACACUGUUAAAUUCUUCGUUUAUCGACGGCACGAUUUACUGUAACGUUGUCCGGGACGCCGUCACAAGAGUGGAAGGAGUCAAUUACGAUCUGAUGAGAAACAAAUACUUUUUACUGAUCGCCGCCGGCACAUCGUUAAAAGAACGGAGUGUAGGCUACCAUGACUUGGCCUAUACCUCAACCGCGGAGGCGAGUGCGCUGUCGGAAAUCAAGUCACUGAGAACCUCGUCAAAGUUGCUUUUGAGGUUACACGGUUCGUUUAUGAUUGUCGCAUGGAUUGGAGCUGCCAGCAUAGGUAUAGUCGUCGCUCGGUAUUACAAACAGACGUGGGUCGGAGGUUCAUGUUGUUCCAAGGACUUGUGGUUUGGGUGGCAUCGUUUGUUGAUGAUGUUCACUUGGAUCCUUUCGUUGGCCGGGUCGGCUUGCAUAUUCGUGGAACUCGGCGAAUGGGUGUCCGGUCCUAGUCAAACUCAUGCCCUUUUGGGAGUCGUCACCACCACGUUGACGUUUUUCCAGCCGAUUUUCGCAGCUUUCCGGCCGCAUCCUGACUCGUCGAAGAGACCGAUUUUCAACUGGAUCCAUUGGCUGGUCGGAAACGCCGCCCACAUAUUCGCCAUCUUGACCAUAUUUUUCGCCGUCACCCUCAGCAAAGCCGAACUCCCAGCGUGGAUGGAUUGGAUACUAGUGGCUUACGUGGGCUUCUACGUCAUCAUCCAUUUAAUAUUGUCGAUAUCGGGUUGCUUGAGUGAAAAAUCGGGAAGCAUGCGCAUAAACACGUUCCCCAUGAAAGAUCUUCACAACGGAAGGAGUCCGAUGAGUUACGAACAACACAAAGAUGCACCGCAUUCUGGAUUCCGGAAAUUCUGGCUGUUCAUUCACGUGUUGUUUAUUGUUUUAAUAACAUCAGUCUUAGUAUUGAUUGUUAUUUUUGCCCCGAUUGACACCAAGUUAAAUUCUCUUCGGGAACAGUUCAGCUAA